GAUUCACCACAAUAGUAAAUCCCCUUGAUGGACUUCUUGCUGGGAUAGAAUAUCACCCGUCGAACCGUUUCGCAUUCUGGUGUAAGCCUAAGACCCUUGCUCUGCUCAACAAUCUCACUCACAGAAACCACUGGACAUCUUCCUCAGAGUACAAGAAUUGGAUUGAGAACUGGAACAAGAGAGUAUAAUCCUCCUAUGAACAACGAAAAAUACAAUACCGUGAGUUUUAAGUCCCAUAGCACGGACGGCGGCCUGAACUUAGGAUCGUUCGCUUCCAACGCUUCAAGUGUGGCCAACGAUCCAACUGGUAUCUAUAACUCGAACCCUCACGAGCUGUAUUUCCCGGCUAAUGAUGAAAUCGAUUCUAUCACUACCAUAGGAAGCAGAUCGAUUGAGUCACUGAGAUUGAAUGCGCUCAGCCACAUCCCAAGCUCUGCCCACUCAAACCCUUUGGUGAGGAGUCUCUCCAUGGUAAUAGAUGCCGUGAAGGACGACAACCUCAUUACAGAGAAGGAAAAGCAGGAGGCAGGGUUGCCGAAAACCGAAUUCGGUCUCAUGCAAGAGCAAUUCCUGCGCCGGGCAUCUCUCCUGUCCAUCUAUGAGCCACAUGCGGAUACCGAAAGAGACCCCAGCAGCGACGAGGACCCCUCAUUGGGCAUCCCUGACGGAGGCUAUGCCUGGGUUAUUGCGGUCUGCAGCUGCCUCUUCAACAUUUCCACGUGGGGCUCUAAUGCUUCUUACGGCGUCUUUCUUAACUACUACCUCUCGUCUAAUUAUUUUCCUGGAGCAACCAAUUUCGAUUUCGCGAUGGUUGGUGGACUUGUGAUCGGACUCGCUUACACUUUCUCACCCUUUGCUUUCAUUCUAGUGGCUUAUAUUGGCUUAAAACCCACUGUAGUUCUUGGAGUGGUGAUUCAAACCGCUGGCUACAUUCUUGCAAGCUUUGCCACAAAGACUUGGCAGUUGUACCUUACUGAAGGCGUAAUGAUUGGCAUUUCCUUCUCAUUGGUAUUUACGGCAGGAGUGGCUAUCUUAUCCAACUGGUUCUACCAUCGCCGCGCACUUGCAUCGGGUAUAAUGACUGGUGGCACAGGUUUAGGCGGAAUUCUCUUUGCCCUUUCUUCUCAGAAAUUGAUGGAGGUUACUGGAAACCACAAAUGGCCGCUUCGCAUGGUUGGAAUGAUCACCUUUGUUCUUUGCGCCAUAUCUCUCUGUUUGACAAAACAGUAUCCAAAAACCUUCCCAAAGCACAAGCUCCACCCUUCCAGACCACCCUUGGGGCAGGCUAUCCGUGUGGUACUCAACCCGAAAAUUAUCACCUUUUUCCCUAUCCAUGUUGUGUCGUUUUGGUAUGCUUGUGUGAAUACAGGGUAUGUUAUUUUGCUCUUCUCCACUGCGGCCUACGCUUCCUCGCUUGGUUUAACAAGAGAGCAAGGGUCGAUUGUCACCGCUGUGAUGAACGUGGGCCAGCUUUUUGGUAGGCCUGGAAUGGGUUAUUUAUCCGAUAGACUGGGUCGCAUAAAUUUCAGUAUCCUCAUGACUCUAUCCUUCGGAGUCCUUGUGCUUGUUUUCUGGGUUAAUGCUAGGACGUACGGCAGUUUAAUCGCAUGGUCCCUUGUUUGCGGUAUGACGAUUGGCAUUGCCUCGGUGAACAACCAGCCCUUGGCGUUGGAUGUAGCUGGUACUGAUUUGUUUCCCACUGCCUACAGUUACAUGAAUAUCCUUGUGGCAAUCCCCCUGACUUUUGCUGAAGUGAUUGCCUUGAAAAUGAAAGAUGACAGAGCUCAUAGUGCCAGGCCGUUCUUGUCUUGCCAGCUCCUAACCGGCGCUUUGUUCUUUGCUGGUGGGUUUUCAUUAUUUAUUCUUCGUGAAAUCAAAAUUCGCAAGCUCCUCACCGAGCGUCAGGCGGUGAUUACACGGUCUACACCGGUGUAUGUGGAAGGAGACAAGGAAAUAUUGACAAGAGGCGUCGAUGAGGUGAGGUUGCGGAAGUAUAAAUAUUUGUUGAGAGGUGGGACAAUGGGGUAUGUUUCCCGCAUGAUUUACCCAAUAAAGGUGUAAAUUUAUAUAUAGAUAAAAACAAUAAGUCGGUAUAUAACCAUGUUAGGGUUAUUAUAAUUAUGUAUCCUUAUCGUGCCAGAGUUGUGAGA